AAGGUUAAGCUAGUUGUCAAAUGUCCGGCAUUUGAGAAACGAAACACGUGUUUUUUGCUAGAAUAGUAAAUAUCACUGAAAUUAUUUAUUAAAAAAGAUGUCUGAUCAAGAAAUGGACGUAGUUGAUGAAAACGAAUCAGAAAAUGAAGAAGCAAUGGAGGAGGAAGAAAAAAAUGAAGAGAAAACAGAUAAGCCAUCUGAAGUGUAUCUUCCGACCAAACCACUAGAAGAGGGUGAAGAAUUGGUGUGUGAUCAGUCCGCUUAUGUCAUGUUACACCAGGCACAAACGGGGGCCCCUUGUCUUAGUUUUGAUAUCUUAAAAGACAGUUUGGGGGAAAUCAGAGAAACUUACCCAUUAACGGCAUACAUUGUGGCUGGCACUCAAGCCCCCCAAACUCACGUUAACAAUGUGAUAGUAAUGAAGUUAUCAAAUCUUCACAAAACAAACAAAGGUGAAGAUGACGAAGAUGAUGACGAUGAAGAGUCAGAUGAUGAAAUUUCAAAAAAUCCAAAAAUGGCGGGAGCCCUUAUUAAACAUCAAGGGUGUGUGAAUAGAAUAAGAAGUACAAUAAUAAACAACAAAGUAAUAGCGGCCUCUUGGAGUGAACUUGGAAGAGUGAAUUUAUGGGACCUAUCGCAACAAUUAGAAGCGGUUGACAAUGACCAAUUGUUAUCAAGAUACAACAAAGAAAAUAAAGCAAGUUCAGUGAAACCACUAUUUACGUUUACUGGUCAUCAAAAAGAGGGUUUUGCGAUGGACUGGUGUUCAACAAAUGUUGGAGUUUUGGCCACAGGGGACUGCAAAAGAGAUAUACACAUUUGGAAGCCAGCAAGUGGGGCUUCCUGGCAAGUUGAUCAGCGGCCACUAGUUGGACACACGGAUUCGGUUGAGGAUUUACAGUGGUCACCUAAUGAGAGAAGUGUUAUUGCGUCAUGCUCAGUUGAUAAAAGUAUCAGAAUUUGGGAUACAAGGGCGCAGCCUAGUAAGGCGUGCAUGUUGACAGCUGAAAAUUCACAUGAGAGUGAUGUGAAUGUUAUAAGUUGGAAUAAAAAUGAACCAUUUAUUGUCAGUGGUGGAGACGAUGGAUUUUUGCAUAUUUGGGACUUGAGAAGGUUUCAACAGAAAACACCAGUCGCUACAUUUAAACAUCAUACAGAACCAGUGACUACAGUUGAAUGGCAUCCAACUGAUUCAGCCGUGUUUAGUUCAGGGGGGAGUGAUAAUCAAAUAGCACUGUGGGAUUUGUCUGUGGAAAAAGAUGAUGAGAGUGGUAGUGAAGAAGUCGAAGGAAUUCCACCUCAACUUUUGUUUAUCCAUCAAGGACAAAAUAAUAUUAAGGAGUUGCACUGGCAUCCACAACUGCCUGGAGUUAUAAUUAGUACAGCUGAGAGUGGUUUUAAUAUAUUUAGAACAAUUAGCGUUUAAAAUAUUUUAUUAUUACAACAAGAUUUGUACAAAUUCUAUAAUUCAUCUUGUAUCAGGUCUAAAUUGAUUAAAUGACGCAUUGUGGGUCGUCCAUGUGGACAAUUCUAAUUAAGGAAAUAAUUAAUUCCUGUUUAAUAAAAAUCAGAU